AUGCCCGAGUUCCGUCACGUCCGCAGCGGGAGCCUCAACAUCCCCAACGGCUCUGCCGGCCAUGCUCACGGCCAGAUGAUGCCCCGGAGCCCUCCCAAUACGUCCCACGUCCCCUGCAAGUUCUUUCGGCAGGGCGCCUGUCAGGCGGGCAAUGCCUGCCCGUUCAGCCACGACAUUGGCACCUCGACCGAGACGGUGUGCAAAUACUUUGCCAAGGGCAAUUGCAAGUUCGGUCCAAAAUGCGCAAACGUCCACAUCCUCCCCGAUGGACGCCGCAUCAACUAUGGCAAAAAUGGUGUCACGAUUGGCGCUUCGCCCAUAAACCUCGCUGGCCGCCCCUCACCCAGUCCCGCCUCCCCGACCUCGGCCUCGAGCGCUGCCUAUCACCAAGGCUCCACCAGCGCCCUCACCUCCUCUCUCUACCGUGCCGAGCAGUCCUCGUACCCCAUCGGAUUUUCAGGCGAUGAGCACCAGCACCGUCUCGGCCGCCAGCCCAGCCUCGACAACGGCAUCCCCGCCAUCGACAUGCCCUUCUCCACCUCGACCUACGGCUCACCGCGUGACGAAGACCCGUCUCGCCUGGGCUUCGGCCUGUCCCCCGCCAACAGCAAGGGUCUCUCGAUACUUGAUGCGCCUCUGCCCGCAUCGUUUGACUCCAACGGAAUAUCCCAUGCCGCUCGUUUCCCCUCGGCCCCGUGGCCGUCAUCCGUGCCGUCCAAGUUUGGCCUCGAAUCGCCCACACCAUCUCUCAGCAACGCCAAGGACUCCCGCACAUCGGAGACGCUGAAGCUUCUCCACACGUCGGCAUUUGGUUCAUCCGAGCACCUGGUGACGCCGACUGCGAGCAGCCCGCCCAACUCGCAACCCUUUGAUAGCGAGGAGUACUUUGGGAAGCGCGCCAUGCAUUCGUCGAGGUACGCGCGGCCGCGGAUGCUGAGCUCGAGUUUACCAAAAACCUCAGUCGACCGCGACUGGGAAGCCGAAUUCGCAUUCGGCGACGAUGGCGACAACGCUCCAGAAAACUACGUCCCGGAAAACCUGCAGGACCUCCUGACCCCAGCUGAAAAGGCCCGUCGCGGAUCGAUGCGUGCCGAGGACCCUGUCAUAGAGGGCAUCUCCAAGUACGGAAGCCCAAUUGGAUCUAGCCCGUCGCGAUGGGGCUCCUUGUUCCAACGUCAGAAGGAAGACGAGGAGGCAUCGCGCGGUGGCAGGAGCGUACCGGGCGGCCCUUCUGCGUUUGGCCACGUUGGGAGCCCGCUUCGGAAGUCGACACUUGCUCAAGAGAUGGGCGAGGAGGCUAGGAGCCCUAACGGCGGCCUUCGUCCAUCGUCGGUCCGCUCCGGCAGCGAGUCCAUGUCCGUCUUAUCUCAGCAGCUCCAGCGGAGCCGUCUCGAUGACAACAUCAGCAGCUCUAGUCCCCUUCUCCACCCCACCACGGCCCGUAUCUCGGCGGCGGGCAUUGGCGCCAUUGGAAAGGAUAGAGCAAUGGAGCGUCAUGUGUCAAGUGGCAGCAUUAGCUCCUCAGUGACUGGCCGGUUCACCACGCCCAUUGACGAGGAGGAUCCAGCCUUCGUCUUCAGCAUGGAGGAGGAAGAAGAAUCGGGCAAUGCCCGAGCCCGGAAGCGGGCUUCUGCAGGCCUGGGAAUGGGCGGUGGGUUCGCAAGCUAUGCCAGCGCGGCCGCCGGCCGUGGGGCAGCCGCCGCCUCCAAAGAGCCGAAAGAUAAUGUACCGGUCAACGGCCGGUGA